CGGCGCCGAAGGAGGGGGACGGCGACGAGGCAGCGGGCGCCGCGGAGGGCCGCCGCCGCCGCGGGCAGAGCCGGGCUGCCCCCAGACUACGAGCCAGGGCCCCGCAGCGACGAGAACAUGAGUGAAAAACUGAACGAUUGUUUGGGGGAAAUGGUAACUAUCAAGACGGAACCCUGCUCUCCAUGCCAGGAAGAUGAAUAUGGGCAAAUCUGUUCUGGAAAGGUUGACUCCCAGUCCAUGAACGUAGAGCAUAAAAAACUGAAAGGAAAGCAAGAUUUGAUCAUGUCCAAGAGUUUUCAGCAAGUAGAUUUCUGGUUCUGUGAGUCCUGCCAGGAGUAUUUUGUGGAUGAAUGUCCAAACCAUGGCCCGCCCGUCUUCGUGUCGGAUGCUCCAGUCCCAAUUGGCAUCCCUGACCGAGCUGCUAUGACUGUUCCACCUGGCAUGGAAGUGGUGAAAGAGCCCAGUGGAGAGCGGGAUGUACGCUGUGUGAACGAAGUUAUCCCAAAAGGUCGUAUUUUUGGACCAUAUGAAGGGAAGCUCUCCAGUCAGGACAAAUCUGCAGGAUUCUUCUCUUGGCUGAUUGUUGAUAAGAACAACCGCUACAAAUCCAUAGAUGGGACCGAUGAGACUACAUCAAACUGGAUGAGGUAUGUGGCCAUAUCCCGGGAGGAGAGAGAACAGAACCUCAUGGCGUUCCAGCACAGCGAGAGGAUUUACUUCCGGACCUGUCGAGACAUCCGGCCAGGGGAGAGGCUAAGGGUCUGGUACAGCGAGGAUUAUAUGAAGCGAUUGCACAGCAUGUCUCAGGAGACCAUCAACAGAAACCUCACAAGAGGAGAUAGAAAAUUCCUAAGGGAAAGGUCAGAAAGAAAUCUAGAAAACCAAGACGAUAUGAGCUGCCCCCUUGAGCUCACCACCUCAAAGCAAGGGAAGAGUUCCUACAAGCGCAGCUUUGAAGAAGGCGUGUCUCAACCCCAAACGAAGAAGAAGAAAAUAGACCUCAUCUUCAAAGAUGUUCUAGAGGCUUCUCUAGAGCCAACAAAGAUGGAAGAGCAGAAGGUGAUAAAGAAUUCUGCUCCUUCCACUAGAAAGUCCUCCAGAUUUCAAGCGCGAGAUGCCUCAGAAGGUUGUGGACCUGGUAUUCACCACAGCUCUCCAAAUCACAGUAGAGGCAGGAAUGAGGGUGAGUGGAAAGUCCCCCGCAGCUCUAAAGACAUUGGCCUGCUGGAAGACGAAGGGGAAGAGGCCUUGUCGUUUAAAGUGAACAGCCCCACCGAUCUGUCUCUGGCAUCAACUCAGGAUGAUGCCCUUGAGAUCCCGACAACUUCAUUGUGUCCCAACUGUGUACGCUUGAAGAAGAAGAUUCGCGAGUUGCAGGCUGAACUAAACAUGCUAAGAUCUGGCAAGUUAGCCGAGGCACCUCUACUACCUCCUCAGGUACCUGAGUACCAAGCAUUUUCAUACCCCUCAGCUUCGGAAAGUAUCAUGUCUGUUCCCACCAUCAUGGAGGACGACGACCAAGAGGUGGAUUCAGCAGACGAAUCUGUCUCCAAUGACAUGAUAACAGCCACGGACGAGCCUUCUAAAUUGUCCGCCGUCACCAGGAGGAUUCGGCGCUUCAAGCAAGAGUGGCUCAAGAAGUUUUGGUUUCUGAGGUACUCCCCGACGCUCAACGAAAUGUGGUGCCACGUCUGCCGCCAGUAUACGGUGCAAUCCUCUCGGACUUCGGCUUUCAUCAUCGGCUCCAAGCAGUUCAAGAUACACACAAUCAAACUUCACAGCCAGAGCAACCUCCACAAGAAGUGCCUGCAACUUUACAGGCUCAGGAUGCACCCGGAGAAGACGGAAGAGAUGUGCCGAAAUAUGACUCUGCUCUUCAACACAGCCUACCAUUUAGCGAUGGAAGGCCGGCCCUAUUGUGACUUCAGGCCUCUUGCGGAACUACUGAGAAAGUGCGAGCUCAAAGUGGUGGAUCAGUAUAUGAACGAGGGAGACUGUCAAAUCUUGAUCCACCACAUUGCGCGAGCUCUUAGAGAAGAUCUCGUCGAACGGGUCAGGCAAUCUCCCUUCCUCAGCAUCAUUUUGGACGGGCAGAGCGACGAUUUGCUUGCCGACACAGUUGCGGUUUAUGUGCAGUAUAUCAGCAGCGAUGGGCCUCCGGCCACUGAAUUCCUCUCUCUCCAGGAGCUGGGCUUUUCUGCAACCGAUAGUUACAUCCAAGCGUUAGAUAGGGCUUUCUCCGCCCUGGGAAUCCGGCUGCAGGAUGAAAAGCCAAGUGUUGGUUUGGGAGUCGAUGGUGCUAACAUCACUGCCAGCCUUAGAGCUAACAUGUACAUGACAAUCAGAAAGACUCUGCCUUGGCUGCUCUGUCUGCCCCUUAUGGUACACAAGCCGCACUUGGAGAUAUUGGAUGCGAUUAGUGGGAAAGAGCUUCCUUGCCUGGAGGAGCUAGAGAACAAUCUGAAGCAGUUACUCAGCUUUUACCGUUACUCUCCCAGGCUGAUGUGCGAGCUGAGGGUCACUGCUGCUACUCUCUGUGAAGAAACUGAGUUUUUGGGAGACAUCAGAGCAGUGAAGUGGAUCAUCGGGGAGCAGAAUGUCCUCAACGCUCUGAUCAAGGAUUACUUGGAAGUGGUGGCCCAUCUCAAAGAUGUCAGCGGCCAAACACAAAGAGCAGAUGCGUCUGCCAUUGCCUUGGCUCUCCUGCAGUUCCUCAUGGACUACCAGUCAAUUAAGCUGAUCUACUUCCUGCUGGACGUCAUCGCCGUGCUUUCGCGCCUUGCCUUUGUCUUCCAAGGCGAAUACCUCCUUGUGUCACAGGUGGAUGACAAAAUCGAGGAAGCCAUCCAAGAGAUCAGCAGGCUCUCCGAUUCUCCCGGCGAGUAUCUCCAGGAGUUUGAGGAGAGCUUUCGAGAAAGCUUCAAUGGCGUCGCUGUGAAAAACCUACGGGUGGCGGAAGCCAAAUUCCAGUCCAUUCGAGAAAAGAUAUGCCAGAAGACCCAGGUGAUUCUCGCUCAAAGGUUUGAACCUCGCAGCCGGGCAUUUGUGAAAGCCUGCCAAGUGUUUGACCUCACAGCUUGGCCGAGGAGCGCAGAGGAGCUUAUGAGCUAUGGCAGGGAAGACAUGGUGCAGAUUUUUGAGCACCUUGAAGCCGUGCCAACCUUUUCCACAGAAGUGAGCAGAGAAGGCAUGGACCCCAGGGGGAGCUUGCUCAUGGAAUGGCGGGAACUCAAGGUGGAUUAUUAUACCAAAAAUGGUUUCAAAGAUUUAAUCGGCCACAUUUGUAAAUACAGGCAGAGGUUUCCUCUUUUAAACAAAAUCAUCCAGAUCCUCAAAGUUCUUCCCACCUCCACAGCCUGCUGCGAAAAGGGGCGCAAUGCCCUGCAGAGAGUGCGCAAGAACAAUCGCUCUCGGCUCACCCUGGAGCAGCUCAGUGACCUUUUGACAAUUGCUGUUAAUGGACCACCUAUUGCCAACUUCGAAGCCAAGAGGGCACUAGAUAGUUGGUUUGAGGAGAAAUCUAGCAAUAGUUACGCACUGUCUGCAGAAAUGCUGAGCAGGAUGUCCUCCCUGGAUCAGAAGCCAGUGCUGCAGAGCAUGGACCACGGGUCAGAGUUUUACCCUGAUAUUUAGCAAGGAAUGCCUCUCGUUUAGAAAGCUGUUGAAUCCCUUUUUUAAAGAAAAAAAAUCAAUACUCUAAGCUUUGAUAUAGUAUAUGAAAUAUAUAUAUUAUAUAUGUAUGUAUGUAAAGCCCAACACUGAAAAUUUAAAACUUAUCUGAUGGAAGCUAAGAGGAAUUUUUAUGAAUGAGACAAGACUUAACAUUUACUGACAUCUUCAACCGUGGCAGCUGCAAUGUAGGUGGCAACAUUUCAUUCUUCAGAAUCAUGUGCUGGGGCCAUAGUCUAUAUUUUCAAACUGAAUCGAUGUUAUAAGCUAACGUGGCAGGCCAAUGUCAUCCUACUUCUCAUUAUGCUUCUGUGUGUAUGUCUUCUCUCUUUCUGUCUCUCCUUCUCUCUCUGUUUCUUUGUUAGUUAGCGAUUGAGCCAUUUCAGCCCUCUACUAAUGAGGCUUGGGAUUUUUGAGCCCAGUGCCUACAUUUUGGUAUUUCUUUUCCAGCUUCCCAAUUUUCACGUAGGCUAGAGUGGAUUCUUGCAGCUUCUUCUGAUGAUCUGGUUCAUUUUCUGUUGUUUCUGUCAAUUGGCCCAUGAUGCCCCUUCCUUGGUCUUAACCACCGGUGGGCAUUUUCAGUGUAAGGCAAAACCUUUUUUCUGCUACUCCUGUGAAAAUUCUACUAACGAUUCAUGUAUCUUACAAUAUUGAUAGCAUGUUCAGAUGAAAAUAGCAUAAUGCAGAAGAUGGGGAACUAUUGGGGUGGGGUGGGGUGUUUUUGCAUUUAUAUUUUUAUAUAGUAGACAAUGAGAAAAAUUAAAUAAAACUCUUUACUGAAAACCCGGGCUGCUGUGGAAGCUAGAGAGCCAACGAGUCAAAGCCCCGUAACAGGGCAGAGACUCCAGGGCUUAAAAUAUGUAUGCUAAUUUUAUGUUAUUUAUACUCGGUCUUUAUCAUCAUAAAUGGGUUGUGUCUU